AUGGAGUUUUAUAUGUUGGGGGCCAACGACCUGUCCAUUGAAUGGCAAGAUGACACUCGAUACUGGGAAUGGGGACAUAUACCGGAAUCAAGGUUCCCGGAGGUGUGCACACUUAGAGAAGUUUGGUGGCUUGAGAUCCACGGUAAAGUAGCAGCUGUGAAUCUGUCACAAAACAAUACAUAUGUUGCCUAUCUUGUCUUUCGAACUACUGAGAAUUGCUCUGGACUUGAUGCGCCAGCAAAAUCAAGUGUAAGUUUUGGUGGGGUAAAAAGGGAGACUGAAAAUGUUUAUCUUCAAACACCAGGGCGCGUGCGGCAGGACUAUGUGAUUCCUCUUAGGAGAAACGAUGGGUGGAUGGAGAUUAAGUUGGGAGAAUUCGAGUACAAGGAAGGAGAUGAUGGGGAAGUUGAGAUGGUGUUUAAGGAGGUUACGAUGAACAAGCGGAAGAGUGGUCUAAUCGUGGAGGGAAUCGAGAUUCGGCCUAAAUAA